AGGAAGAGGAGGGAGGAGUUUCAUGUAAACCCGAGCAUAUGUCCGGCUCUUCUGAAACUCGCAGCUUUUCCUCUCGCAGCGAGAGGGGGUGAGGAGAGGAGAGAGCGCUGCCUGACGACACACGAUGUGGCACGCUCUCAUUUACAGCUGUGCUGGUGGAGCUGCUGUUCUCUACGCGCUGUACAGAUGGGUGAUCCCCGCUGCCGUGCAGUAUCACGCAGGACUGGCGUUGCUCUGGCACGAUUAUUUUGUGGAGCGGUUGUUGGACACGCUGACCCAGUCCACUCGUCCUCAGCGGCUCCUCGGUGCAGUAAAGAAAAACGCCACUAGAGGGGACCCUCGCAGCGUGGUUAAAGCCAUUGAUCAGUUCUGCAGACAGAAGGAGUGGGCCAUGAAUGUAGGAGAUGAAAAAGGCUGCAUCCUGGACUCUGUGGUGUCGGAGCUGAACCCCGCCACAGUGCUGGAGCUGGGGACCUACUGCGGCUACUCCACGGUGCGGAUCGCCAGCAUGCUGCCCCCUCACGCCAAGCUCAUCACUCUGGAGUUCAACCCAGACUACGCUGCAGUGGCUCGUCAGGUGAUUGCCUGGGCAGGACUUGAAGACAAGGUCCAGCUGGUUGAAGGAGCAUCUGGUGACUUGAUCCCAAAAAUGAGCGAGCAAUUUGAGGUGGAAACAUUUGAUCUGGUUUUCUUGGAUCACUGGAAAGACCGCUAUCUCCCCGACACAAAGCUGAUGGAGGAGUGUGGCCUCUUAAAGAAAGGCAGCGUCUUGUUGGCUGACAACGUCAUCUGCCCGGGGACGCCUGAAUACCUCGAGUAUGUCCGCGCCAGCCCCCGAUAUGAAAGCCAGUACUUCAGAUCCCACCUGGAAUACACCAAAGUGGAGGACGGCUUGGAGAAAUCUGUCUUCUUAGGGUAGUUUUCAGGUUAGGGCUGUCGGACUCAUUUUAGUCCAGUUGCUACCUGCGUCCCA